AUGCCUGGGAACACGUCGCGGCGCAGCAGUAGGACUUCAGUGAUCUCUGUCGACCCAGUGGUAGCUAGACAUAUAGCUGGUGCAGCCAAAAGCAUGACCACACACACUGGCCACUCGAGGACCGAGUCGACCCCAGCACAGACCUCCAGCUCUCAGCUGUCCGCUUUAGCUAAGGGCCACGGCCGGACGAACUCAGUACCUAGUCGCAACCUGAAAAAGAGGUCGCAUUCUCUAAAGCGAGUGAAGGACAGUACAGAAAUACUCAGGCAGAAGCCUCCCAGUGUGGAAAAAAACACGAAGCAAACCGAAAGCUCAGGCUCUAAAAGAGGUCGCAAUUUCACUGUCUCGAACGUCGGCACUGGAGGCACUCUUCAUUUGAGUCCUUCGCCGCACCAAGGUGUUUUCUCACCUGCUGCUGUGGCCUCAUCGCCUUACACAUGGAUCUCGCCAACUGCUCCUACUGCUUUGCCGCCGUCGAUUGCAACAACGCUCCCGUCUCAGCCACCGCAGACGAGGACAAGAUCCGUUUCGCCAAAGAGACUCAUCGAUCGUGCAAAACUGAGCAAAGCCUCGAAAGAGAUCACCUACAGACACAGUCGCAGUCAGUCAUUCUCCACCAUUGACGAAUCGCGAAGGUCUAUAGCAGCUGCUCCUCAGCCUCAAACACUUCGCAUCGUAAUCAAUCGUCCAGAGUCUGUCCACAGCAGCGACGAAGAGGGUGAUGCGCCAACCCUGCAGAUACCUAUUCCUUCCUACAGGAUUGGCACCCCUCGGUUCAGCGCUCAUGGAACACCUUUCAUUCGUGGUUCAAGCUACACCAAGGACUCGGGCGCUCAUUCAACCACUCAUUCAAGCAUGGUUGAUGGUUUCGGUGGUCCUCCUCCUUCGAGUCUAAAGGCCUUUCAGAAGCUUCAACACUCCAUACCCGCAAAUGGGAGCAAUCCCCACAUGUCAGGCACAUUGCACACUGCCCAAGACGGCGACUUGACUCGGUCUCUCACCAUGGCAGAAUUGACUUCUCCUAUUUCGGUGGAAUUGUACGACCAGCUCACCACCGUAUACAACAGUCCUUCUGUGGUAAGGUAUGCGAACAGCGAAAAGGACAUUGCUGCUGCGACAAAGAUUCGUAUCAUUGCUCAGAUAUCCUCCGAGUCUUUCAUGGAUUAUGACCUGGUCUCGGAUUUCUUCCUCACUUUUCGUUCCUACAUGACAACUUUCGAAGUGCUCGAUUAUCUGCUUGUGCGACUGAAAUGGUCAGUGGGUCGAUUGUCAGACGAUGGAAGGAUAAUACGUAUACGAACUUUCGCUGCACUGAGACAUUGGAUACUAAACUAUUUCGCCGAGGAUUUUGUGGUCAAUCGUCAAUUACGUGUCAGAUUCUGCAAUGAGGUCAAUGGUCUGUACGAAUCCGUCAGACAGAGGCCGAAAGGGACAGGAGGUGUAAGCGACUUGAAGAUCUUGCAAGAUUUAAAGAGAUGUUGGAACGGAAGAUGCGCCCUCUACUGGGAUGCAGAGCAGUUCAAUAUGGACAAUGAUCAGGAGGAGGCUUUACUUCCGGGUGGUGUCCUCGGCAGCAGGAACCCUGCUUAUGCCGACAUUAGCGAGGCUACUGCAGCAUUGGGACUCGGUUUGCAGAACAUGCCUGAAUCCUCGUGCUCACCACUACCGAGUACUCCCUCCAUGGCCACGAGGAAGACCUACCACAAGAGACUGCCAUCUUCAGAUCAUGCAAAAAAGCCGCAAUCAAUAAUAAGCGACAAGAGCUUGCAGCCUACCUCUUGCACUAUCCCGCGGCGUCGAUCGCGAUCUCCUAAGCGUGAUUCCGGGAAAUCCGAAAGAGGUCCACAACCAGUCUCUGUUCUGUCACGUCGCCAUAACGCCCCUUCUGAUCUCAAAGUCCAGAUACAACCCAGGCGCGACGACGACGAGGAAGAAUAUGAAGAACCAGUCUCGAGCGUGCAAACUCCCGUCGAAGCCCUCGUACACUCAGGUCACUACAUCGACCCUCAUGCUGGAAGCAUGAUUCGAGGCUUUGUGUAUGGACCAGUCGAACCCUUCGUACGUCUGCCCAUCAAUGCUCCACCCAGUCCGUCCGUUAGGUUCAGUGCAGAUCCGCCACGAGGCGCAUUGUCGCGUGUUCCUCCAAGUCCUUCAAGUCCGUUCCAUGGUAACCAAGGACCAGCUGUCAAGAACAUUUUCGGUUCUAUCAGAAGAGCUCUCAGUGGAAAACAAGGCACGAAUGAAGUGACUGUGAUCACAAUCUCGCCUCCCCCUCCUACUACAUCUACCGCACGAAAGGCCCCUGUACCUCUUAACCUAGCAAGGUCAAACGAUGACCUGCGCCGGAGGGCGACUGGGACGACAUCCAACACUCAGCUUCGUAUCGAUCUGCUUGGUGCUGCAGCUGUUCAGAGCUUUCAAACGGUAGUACCAGGUACACAGCCGCUGCUAGAUGAGGGAAAUCCACAGAGAUUCACUCCUUACGCUACUGAACAAACGUUAGGAUCCUUACCUUUCUCACCACCACUCAACUCGAUAGGAGUGAAGCGUCCAGAAUAUCCUCCAGCGCGGCUGCCGAGCGACUACACAGAGCAGAGUGGCUCCAUUCUUAUUGUGGAUGAUACUGCCGUCGCCAUGCCAGUCAUGUCUGGGGCAUUACCAGACUCAUAUGUGCACGAACACGAACAAUCGAAAAUAGAGCACCUACGUUCUGAUCGCUCUGAUUUACAACAUGCAUCUUUCCAAACACAAAUUGCCUUUGAGAACGAAGAAGCAGGGACAUCACCUGUGGACACAAAUAAGUCGCAAGAGAUGAGCUCAACCACGUCGACUGCACAAACACUUGGUCUUCGAGUCGGCAAUAGGACAUCUAGCAAUGUUACGGUCACGGCACUGCAGCCAUCUCCUGAGCUGCAUGAAGGUCCCUCAGUGUACAGAGCUGUGACGGAUUCUCUCAGAAGCACAUCGCCGCCCCCAAUGACCGAAGCUACUUCCAAUAGUGAAAGCCCUGUUUCCAGAGCUCCAGCCCACGGCUUGCGACGACGUCCUGGAGGCGAUUUACGCAAAAAUCAAAAUGUUCAGGAUCUGGAGCCUGCAAUGCAUCAUCAAUCGCUAGAUUCAAUGCUUGAUAGCAGUUCCGCUGGCGGAUCUCUAUUGAUUAUGGGCCGGCCAAAGACCGCGACGAGUCCAGCGACCCCGCAGAAGAAGUCUCAGAAAGUAUCAAUGAUUAAUACCAAUUCUUCGCAGAAUCUUCGUCCCUCUUUCCAGGCAGCUAUCUCGGGCUUCUCGGCGAUACCCGACGAUGACGAUGGCGGACUCGAAGCCACACUCUUGAAACUCGAAGGUCGUUAUGAAGAUCCAUCACAAGACGGUAGCAACGCUUCACCGACCCCAGAUACAGGCUCUUUUGUUGCCUCGUCAGAACUACCGAUGUCUGCUUCCACAGUGCCAACAGACUAUAAUGCUACCGAUGGGCACGCUAUCCGACAAGACAAGGAGGUUUCUAUGGCUGAACGGUCCUUCCUACACGACGAAACAGUUGACCCCCUGCAAGAACAAGCACCAUCUAGACUGUUUGCUCAUCAAUCAGCUGUGUUUGGCCUCCCAACAGUUUCACCCGCUGAAUCUGAUUCCGACAGCUCUGAAAUAUCUCUACCUAUCUUGAAGAGAAGCACGACUAUUGGUCGCGCAGUCACGACAGAUAGUCCACAACCAACAAAAGCAGCAGCAGGUCGUGGUGAUGACAAAGCAAGAUCGAGGGCCAACAUCCCGAGUUCAAAGCACAUAGAAGCACGUGGAACUGUUAGGCCCGGCACAGCACUGACAGAUACAACCAAGUCAUUUCUUCUGGAAGAGGACGAGGACAUCUCAGACCUCUCAUCAGAGAUAUCAGUAGACAUUCUUACUCACACAAAUGGUGUAGGCAAAUCAGCGUCGCCCAUGCUCGCUGCACCAGGGACGGCAAUUUCUGGACUAGAGAUUCCAAGUCAUCCACUCACCCAUGCAUCUCUGGUGAACCUAUCUCUACAUACUAGCCCUGCACUUGCUGGACCUGCAAGUUUCAUAACCCAACUACCGACUCCGCAGCAAUCACCUCUGCUUGACCGAGACCCAGCGACCCCACGUCGACUGCAAGAUGCAAGGCAGUCGCCGAGCAACAACCAAUUGGAUCAGUCUGUACAACCGCCUUCGAGUGGUCCAGCCCACGUGCCCUUUGUUCUAGCAUGUGAGUCAGAUGUGCUUGCUCAACAGCUCACAAUAGUCGAGCAGUCUGCCUUGACGGAGAUAGAAUGGACUGACCUAGUUGAGAUGCGAUGGAGCAACGAUAAAUCUACCAGUUCUUUGGAUUGGGCCGAGUACAUGACCAAGCAUGACGACGCUAGAGGCAUCGAUGUGGUGACGACAAGGUUCAACCUUGUCAUUAAAUGGGUGUUAUCGGAGAUAGUACUGACACAGGAUAUCGAGGAAAGAGCUCGUGUGCUCUCUAAAUUCAUACAUGUUGCAGCACACGCGCGGCGGCUGCGGAAUUAUGCUACAAUGCUUCAAAUUACGAUUGCAUUAAUGUCAACCAGCUGUACAAGACUCAAAGGGACGUGGGAACUGGUGCCUGGACCGGAUAAGUCACUUCUCAAACACAUGGAAAAGUUGGCUCAGCCAAUGCGAAACUUCAACGAGUUGCGUAUGGAAAUGGAGUCGACAGAUCUGUCAAGUGGUUGCAUACCUUUUCUCAUGCUGUAUGUGCAUGAUUUGACAUAUAAUGCUCAAAAACCAGCUGAAAUUCAUAUCGAGGAAGGGGCGGAACCAUUAAUCAAUUUCGAACGAUUUCGGACAGCCGCUAUCAUCGUCAAAGGCUUGUUGCGGCUCAUUGAUGCCAGUCUCAGGUACGACUUUGAGCCCAUACACGGCAUUGUCGAAAGGUGUUUGUGGUUGUCCGCUUUGACUGACAAGCGAAUUGAUGCUUUGAGCAAGUCGUUGGAAUAG